AUGGAUUUGCAGAAGAAGCUGAGCUCACUACUCUGUCUUGCAGCUCUGAUUUGCCUCUUCUCUUUCCCGCUUCUUAUCUCGGCAGGGGAUGUAGUUCAUGAUGAUGAUUCAGCUCCAAAGAAGCCCGGCUGUGACAAUGUCUUUACCCUGGUUAAAGUCCAAACUUUUGUAAACGGACAAGAGGGUGCUGAAUUUGCUGGUGUUGGCGCCAGAUUCGGCACUACUGUUGGGCCAGAGAAGGAAAAGGCUAAGAAGACUCAUCUCACUCUUUCAGAUCCCCAAAAUUGUUGUACACUACCCAAGAAUCAGCUUGCAGGAGAUGUUGUUGCGGUUGAUCGCGGCAAUUGCACGUUCAUUACUAAAGCUGUUAAUGCACAGGCAGCAGGGGCUUCUGCUGUUAUUAUAAUAAAUGACGAGAAUGAGCUCUAUGAGAUGAUCUGUGGACCAGAUGAAACUGAUCUAGAUAUACGCAUACCUGCUGUUAUGGUCCCUAAGGAUGCUGGUGUGUUCUUGGAAAAACUGCUAUCGGGCAAUUCGUCAGUGUCUGUCCAGCUGUACUCUCCUGAGAGGCCAUUACUUGAUUUAGCUGAAGUCUUGCUGUGGCUGAUGGCUGUUGGCACUGUUUUAUGUGCAUCCUAUUGGUCUGCGUGGAGUGCCAGAGAAUCUGCUGCUGAAGAAGAAAAGCUGUUGAGGCGUGCUGUGGAAGAAAUUUCUGAUACAAAAUCUGGUGCCAGCAGUAUUGUGGACAUUAGUACAACCUCCGCUGUGCUGUUUGUGGUCGUUGCUUCCUGCUUCUUGGUCUUGCUUUAUAAGUUCAUGUCGUACUGGUUCGUUGAGCUUUUGGUGAUUCUCUUCUGCAUAGGUGGGGUUGAGGGUCUGCUAACUUGCUUGGUUGCUUUCUUGUCAAGGUGGUUCAAGAGUGCCAGUGAUUCAUAUCUUAAUAUACCUGUUUUGGGAACUUUCUCAUACCUAACUUUGGCGGUUUCUCCAUUCUGCAUUGCCUUCGCUGUUGUUUGGGCUGUUUAUCGCAAUGCCUCCUUUGCCUGGAUAGGUCAAGAUGUGCUUGGCAUCGCUCUAAUAGUAACCGUUCUUCAAGUUGUCCGAAUUCCAAAUCUCAAGGUUGGCACUGUGCUUCUCAGUUGUGCAUUCUUGUACGACAUCUUUUGGGUGUUUGUGUCUGAGAAGCUGUUCAAUGUUAGUGUUAUGAUUGCGGUAGCCAGUGGUGGUGAUAGUGGAGAGGAUGGCAUUCCAAUGCUCUUGAAAAUACCACGCUUCUUGGACCCUUGGGGUGGUUACAGUGUCAUAGGUUUCGGUGACAUACUUCUACCUGGGUUACUCGUGGUGUUUUCACUCAGGUACGAUUGGCUGGCACGCAAGGGUCUUCUAGCUGGAUACUUCUUGUACACGAUUGUCGCUUAUGGAUUAGGUCUUCUGGUCACAUAUGUUGCACUCUACUUGAUGGAUGGCCAUGGCCAACCAGCACUGCUCUACAUCGUCCCAUUCACCCUCGGAACUAUUUUGACGCUGGCAACAAAGAGAGGAGAGCUUCAGAUCCUGUGGACGCAAGGACUUCCAGAAAGAACCGAGUCUCUCUUCUGA